AAAACUAUUAAGCCAUGGACCCGAUUAGAUGGACAGCAGUGUUUUUACUUAUGUUUUCCUUUACAGUGAUUAAGGUAUCUUCCAAGUUUGAGUUUACCAAUUUAAACUGUACUUCCUUGGACCCGGCAUUUAUGGAUGUACCAGAGUGUUUCUUGAAGUCUGCAAAUCGCACCUAUAAGUACAUGACAAUAAAGACAAAGUUCUAUAAAUUGCCAAUCGAUAAUGUAAUGAUAAGGGUGAAAGUGCUGAAGAGACUGAAUGGAUAUAAGCCCUUCCUGUAUGACUUCAAUUUUGACGGCUGUAAAUUCCUGAAGGGAAAACAGAAUCAGUUGAUACAGUUUUUCUACGAGAUGUUUGCUCCGUAUUCAAACCUUAACCACUCGUGCCCCUACAAUCAUGACGUUUAUGUAGAUAAAUUGCCAAUUAGCUAUCUGGACCACAGAGUGACUGUCCUUCUUCCAGUCCCCGAAGGAGAUUACUGCAUUCACAGCAUUUUUUCCAUAGGAAGAAAAGAUAAGUUUGACUUAAAGGUUUAUUGUCAAAUUUCUUAAUGAGUUCAACUGACAGAUCUUUAUUAAAAACUUAAUUAUACAAAUCAUGUGGAAAAAAAACUAAUUGACCUAAUUGUAGUUAUGCCUUGGA